UCUCAAUCAUUAGCUUCUCCUCCCUCUGAAUAUGUGUUUCAGAUAGAGAGAGAGAGAGAGAGUAUUAGAGAACUGAUUAGAACAAAAGAAACCACCACCAUUUUCUCUCUUCCAAAACGAACCAUGUCUAAUAACAACAACGACGGAGUUAUGAUCUCUAACGGAUCUUUAAUCGAACACCAGCAGAAUCAGAAACAAUCUUCACACGGAGCUCUCGCCGUGAAGAAACCUCCGGCGAAAGAUAGACACAGCAAAGUCGACGGACGAGGGAGGAGAAUCCGUAUGCCAAUCAUCUGCGCGGCUCGCGUGUUCCAGCUCACGAGAGAGCUCGGGCACAAAUCAGACGGCCAAACAAUCGAGUGGCUGCUCCGCCAAGCCGAGCCGUCGAUCAUCGCCGCGACGGGAACCGGCACAACUCCGGCGAGUUUCUCCACCGCGGUCCGAGGAAGCUCCACCACUAUCUCCACUUCCGCGAACUGCACUCUGUCCUCGUCGCUGGAUCAUAAACCGUUUAUACUCGGAAAACGCCUGAGAGAGGAUUCAGGAGGCGGUAAGGAGGAGAUGGGUUCUUUUGCUACGCCGGCUGGGUUCUGGGCGGUUCCGGCGAGGCCCGAUUUCGGACAAGUAUGGAGCUUUGCCUCUCAUCAAGAGAUGUUCUUGCAACAACAGCAGCAGCAGCAGCAACCAGCUGCUGCACUGUUUGUACACCAGCAGCAACAGCAACAAGCUGCAAUGGGUGAAGCUUCGGCGGCUAGAGUGGGGAACUAUCUUCCGGGUCAUCUUAAUUUGCUUGCUUCUUUAUCUGGUGGAGCUCCCGGGUCGGGUCGGAGAGAGGAUGACCAACGUUGAUUAUGAAGUUAAAGCUCCUUUUUUAGUUUGGUAUAUAAAAAUAUUAAUCUCUGUCUUCUCUAUUGUCAUCGAUCAAUCUCCUGCAUUGUUUUACCCGAGUGGCUUAUCUCUCUCUAUGUGUGUGUGUCUUAGUUUUUUUUAGAGAUUGGUUGAAUGAUUCCAAGAGUGAUUUGAGAGUAUGGUUAGUGUUUUAAGUUUAAGAUUAGGGUCUAGGGUUUAAGAACCUGUGUGUCAGAGAGGUUUUUGUUAUUUUUUUUUUUUGUGGAAGAUCGAUAUCUCAUCGGAACCAAGAUUUUACUUUUAAGUACCUCAUGUAGGGUAAUGAAGAAACCGCGGAGGUUUUUUUUUUUGGCCCCCUUCUUGUCUGGUUUUUCCGGCGAAACAGAGCCGUCGUCUAAAAUUCCAGAUACUAUAUUAUAUUGUUUGUUUUUUUUCUGUUGCUAAUUGUGUAAUGUGUUACAACAACUGUGGCGAGCAAAGUGCGCAAGCUGUUAACCACAUUACUAUUUUAAUAAAUGUUCCAUUCUUGGUGUUUGUUUG